UUAUUUACACACCUCACUGGACGCCGGCUGCACAAACCACUGGUUGUGGAGUCGCGAGCUCAGGUCCGUCUCUCUGCUGUGGCUCCGUUUGGGUGAACGCGAUGGGGAAAAUAGAGUGGGCGAUGUGGGCCAAUGAGCAGGCUCUGGCUUCGGGACUCAUUCUUCUUACUGGAGGCAUUGUGGGAGUGGCGGGCCAGUUCAGGGGCUGGCAGUUUGCUGCUUAUUCAGUUGCAGCUGGAGUGUUCGUGUGUCUGCUUGAGUAUCCCAGAAGCAAGAGGGCCAAGGGCACAAGUGUGGCGAGAACAGGCCAGUUCUGCUUCACUGUGUGUGUAAAAGCCUUUGGCCCUCUGACAAGGAACUACUAUGUCAGAGCAUUUCUACAUGCUGCACUUUGUGUACCAAGCGGGUUCAUGCUUGCUACUCUCCUUGGAUGCGUUUGCCUCGGUAUUGCCAGCAUCAUAUACCUUGCAGCGGCUAUCCGAGGUGAGCACUGGGAGCCCAUUGUUCCAAAGACGGAGAGCCGAAAGCCAGUUCCGGAAAGCAUCAAGAAGCCUCCUCAGAACCCACCGCCAAGACCUCCCCCUGAGCUGCGCAGGAAGCGCGUGGAUGACCUGGAGGGAUCUGCGUACGACAACCCUGUUACAGUCACAGACGAGUAAGCGGCUUCAGAGCCCUGGAAGCUGUUUGCCUUCCCACUACCUGCUCAGAUGGAGCGUCCAACUGGACCCGUCAACGAGUCGCAGUGGGACAUGCACAGCACCGACACAUCUAUAGUUUUCUGAAGUUUAAUGGCUGGACAACAUGUUGGGACCACGUCUUCAUACCUCAACCUGCGGACAAACUGCGAAAUAUGAAAUAAUUCAUGGGAGGAUGGGUACAAUGAUUAACAUUUUAUACCAAAUAGCCUGCAACUGUAGAUCAGUCAAAUGUUAUAGCUGCUAAGUGGCAACCACACACCAAUGUUGUCCAGUCAAAAAUAUGUAUGUUGAUAUUCUUACAGUACAGUUUCCUUGCUCCGUUUUAAGCUCUUUUACUUCCACGCAUAGAUCUAUCUUAGUAAACUGUAGGAACACUCAGUUCAUGACUCCGUCAUAAUUGGCAUGUUGAUUUUUGCUGUACAAGGCUGUUGUUAACCAGUUGGUAUUAUUUUUUCUGUAUGCUUUGUAAAUAAACUAUUUCAGCUGAA